AUGUCCGCCGACGGCCCGUACGCCCGUGAGCUCCAGAUCGCCCAGCUGGCGGUGCAGCGCGCCGCCAUCCUGACCAAGCGCGUCUUCCACGAGAAGGCCAAGGGCACGGUCGACAAGAACGACAAGUCGCCGGUGACGAUUGGCGACUUUGGUGCUCAGGCGCUCAUCAUCGCGGCGCUCCGCCACAACUUCCCUUCCGACGCCAUCGUGGCCGAGGAGGAGGCGGCCCAGCUGCGCGGCGACGACGAGCUCAAGGCGACCAUCUGGGACCUCGUGCGCUCGACGAGCCUGUCCGACGCCGAGGGCGAGGCCCUCCUGGGCGGGCCCAUCCGCGAUGUCGACGAGAUGCUCGACCUGCUGGACGGGGGCAGCAGCCAGGGCGGGUCGACGGGCCGCAUCUGGGCCAUCGACCCCAUCGACGGCACCAAGGGCUUCCUCCGCGGCGGCCAGUACGCCGUGUGCCUCGGCCUCAUGGAGGACGCCGACAUGAAGGUCGGCGUCCUCGGCUGCCCCAACCUGCCAGUCGACGACGGGGCGCCCCUCACCGUCGACAUCGGCGCCGACCAGACCGACACCGACGGUCACGGCGUCCUCUUCUCCGCCGUCCUCGGCCGGGGUGCUACCAGCCGCCGCCUCACCGCCGGCGCCCUCGCCCCCGCCUCCCCCAUCGCCAUGCGCACCGACGUCGCCCUGCCCGACGCCACCUUCUGCGAGUCCGUCGAGGCCGGCCACUCCGCACACGGCGACCAGGCCGCCAUCGCCGCCAAGCUCGGCAUCACCAAGCCCUCCGUCCGGAUGGACAGCCAGGCCAAGUAUGGCUCCAUCGCCCGCGGCGCAGGCGACAUCUACCUCCGCCUGCCCGUCAGCGCCACCUACCAGGAGAAGAUCUGGGACCACGCCGCCGGCGACCUCAUCGUCCGCGAGGCCGGCGGCCAGGUCACCGACAUCCACGGCAAGAGGCUCGAUUUUGGCGUCGGCAGGACUCUCGCCAACAACAAGGGUGUAGUUGCUGCCCCGGCUGCUUCUCAUCCCCACGUUCUCAAGGUUGUCCAGGAAGUUCUCAGCGCUAAGCAGUGA